UUUGGCAACACUGUUAUUUGCGCUGCGGUGAAGUUCGUGAUCCAGUCGCAAAAUAAAAGUAUUCAGAUUUCAAAUGAUUUAAAUCAUUAUUUAAAGCCAUUCUGUGUAAUUUAUUUCAAACUUCAACUCAUUAAAUAAUUCGAGUAUCUACUAAAUUAUGCAAUAAUGUGCUACCGCCGGACCGUGACAUGUAUGCACUAAAAUAAAUCGUCUCUUAUAAAAAUAUCCUGUGAGAGAGAACAUAAUGGUUUUCGAAUCUAUCGUGGUUGAUGUCCUGAACAGGUUUCUCGGGAGUUAUGUCGAGAACCUAAACAGGUCUCAGCUAAAGUUGGGAAUAUGGGGCGGCGAUGUUGUACUCGAUAAUUUGGUUUUAAAGCAGAAUGCCUUGGAGGAAUUGAAUAUUCCAGUCCAGACAGUUUAUGGGCAUUUGGGAAAACUUGUGCUCAAAAUACCAUGGAAGAAUCUGUACGGCGCGUCGGUAGAAGCGAAGAUAGACCGUCUAUUUCUGAUCAUCAACCCAAUCGCUGAGGUGAAGUAUGACAAAGAGAAGGAAGAGAAAAUAGCGCUCGCCGCAAAGCAGGCGGAGCUCGCCAGGGUCGAGGCCGCCAAGAAAAUGGAGAAAGAGAAAGACAAAUUAGACGAGACAUUCGUCGAGAAACUGGUUACGCAAAUAAUCAAGAACGUCCAACUAACGAUCACUGACAUCCACGUGCGGUACGAGGACAGCAUCACUAACCCAAAGUGCCCUUUCUCCUUUGGAAUCACUCUCCACAACCUCUCUGUCCAUACAACUGACGAAAACUGGAAACAGACCGUCAUACAGGAGGCGGUCACUAAGAUUUUUAAGGUACUUAAUUUGGAAGGAUUAGCAAUGUACUGGAAUCCAAGCACGGACUUGUAUUCAAAAUCGAUGCCAUUGGAUAUUCAGAGUAAACUAUCAAAAGAGAUAGCCACUAAAUCAUCACAACCAGAGUCUUACAGAUAUGUUCUGGGUCCAAUAAAUGCCACGGCAAAGUUAAAACUAAAUCCAAAGCCGGAAGGCGACAUACCAAAGUUCAGUAUACCUAAAGUUAUACUAAGCCUUCAUAUGGAGCAACUAUCGGUCAAUCUGACUAAAUUACAAUACCAAGACAUGAUGCUACUGGCAGACUCCAUGGAUAGGAUGAGCAAAGGCGCACCUUACAGAAAAUUCCGUCCAGAUCUCAAAACCUACAGAGGUCACUACAAGGAAUGGUGGAAAUUCGCAUACGCUUGCAUUCUCGAAGACAAAGUGCGCAGGCGCCGUAGAAACUGGGAUUGGACGCACAUGUUGAACCAUAGAAAUCUGUGUAAAAACUAUGCUUCGGCUUAUCAAUGCAAGCUUAGUGGAGGGAAAGUCGGGGCCGAACAACAGUGCAUCAUCACCGAAGCUGAAAAGAAGCUGGACUUAUUUAAUUUAGUGGUUAUCAGGCAGCGGAUAGAAAUGGAGGUUGAAAGGCUAGGCAAGUUGGAGGAGGAAGCCAAGAAAUCGCGUGGUUGGUUUAGCGGAUGGUUUUCUGGGGGCUCAAAGGACGAUGAACUUUCGGAGGGCACUGCUAUAAUGAAACAAUUCGAAAAGGCAAUGACGCCAGAAGAGAAAGAAAAAUUGUUCCGCGCCAUAGACUACCAAGAAAACUCUGCCCCGCUCCAUCUGCCGGUGGAAUACAUAGCUGUGGUUGGGAAUUUCCGUUUGGAUCGCCUUCAAGUGGCCAUUAACAAUGAAGUGGAGGUGUUGAAAGCCUGCGUCGAUAAUGUUGUCGUGGACUUGCAUCAGCGGCCUAGCGCUAAUGCUCUCAGAGUGGACGUACAAAUGCAAGCGUUCAGCGUGACCGGCGUUCAACAAGAGGAUUUCCAGCCUCAACUUGUCAUUUCCAAGGAGGUCACAAAAGACGUCAAUCUUCUCAAUGUGGUGUUUGAAACCCAUCCAUUAGAUGGCCAGUGCGAUCAAAGAGUGAAAGUAUCGGCGCGUCCACUCCAAAUUGUCUAUGACGCACAAACUGUUAUAGAAAUUGUUGAAGUCUUCAAACCACCUGCCGAAUCAACGGCUUUAUCUACAUUACAAGCGGCUGCAGGUAACAAGUUGUCUGAUCUAAAAGAAAAGUCUGCAUUAGGCAUGCAGUACGCAGUGCAACACCAUACGUUCAUAGAUAUUGAUGUCGACAUCGCUGCUUCGUAUAUCAUAGUGCCUCAAACUGGCAUGUAUAAAGGCGGAGAACCAUGCGUAGUUAUGAAGCUUGGUGCUAUCAGCGUAAAGUCAGACCCUCGUUCGCCAGUGGAUGUUCAUAAACUACACCGAGAGGGUCUAGCAGACGACGAUAUCAUACGAGAGAUCACGUUGCAUAGUUACGACAAGAUGGCGCUCAAACUUACCGAGAUGCAGGUAGUAAUAGCACUAGCGUCCGAAGAUUGGUCAUCUGCGAUUGCGUCGAACGAAGCGACUCCGUUGCAUCUUCUGCAGCCCACCAACUUAAUGAUACAGAUUCACAAAUGUUUAAUCACUGACGACCCGAGGAUGCCUAAAGUCAAAAUACGAGGGGAAUUGGAGCAGAUUGCUAUCAAUGUUUCAGAAGAUAGGUUGUUAACUCUGUGUGAAAUAAUUGUUGGCAUGCCUCUACCACGCUCUGAAGAAGCAACUCAACUAAAGCCCAGCGAAUCAAAGGGGUCAAGUCUGUCGUUAUUAAAAUACUUGGACCCUGUGGAGAAACAAAAACGCGACAAUGCCCGCUCAAGUAAUAAGUUGGGCGACGAACAAUCCGUGCAACUGACUGAGGUCGAGGCCUUCUUCAUUAUGAAAGAGCUUGUUCUGAGUGUCAACCGACCGACCGUAGACAUCGCUCAGGGCUACGACAAGUUCCUAGUGUUUUCUCUUACGUUACUCGAACUGACUGCCACUCAGAAGACUUUCACAAUGGAGACUAGAGUGCGUCUCGGGGCAGUUCAGUUGCAACACCAUAGACAUGGACAUAAAGUUAUCAAUAUGCUGGAUACGCCACAAAAUGUGGUUCCAGUCGCCGAGCCGGACACGGCUAGUCUGAGUAGCCAGUAUUUAUUCACACUUAGCUAUUGUAAUGUCGACAAGAAAUGUCCAGAAUUCAGAAGUUAUUAUGGUUCUGUCGAGCAGCUGAUUGAACUAGACUUGGCUAAUUUAAAGUUGUUGCUUCAUUUGCAAAGCCUUCGAGAGAUAUUACUCAUUAUCAAUGAGUAUCAGACGAGACUUCAAGCUAUUCAGAGUACAAUGGACAGAACUGCUAAUGCCGGGCCACUUGAUACGAUAGUUGAAGAUGAGGAAUACAUUGCUACUAAAUCUAAAGUGAACGUCAUAAAGCCGUCAAGCCGUAAGCAAGUCGAGAGCAUUCAGUUGAAAGUGAAUGCUAAAUUAGGCACCAUAGAGAUCGGUUUUGCAACGGAUCGAAGGCCCUUGGCAGCCAUUUUUUUGCAAGGCGGUACUGCCGGCCUUGUUCUGAAGAGUUCCUACACGCAAGUGGACUGUGCCAUAGGAUCGAUCAAAGUGAAUGAUCUGAAUCCAGAGACUAUACAUACAGAGAUAAUCAAAGUGUUGGGCGGCGACGUGAUGAAUGUACAAGUGGUGAUGUACAACUUGGAGCAGCACCCGAACGUGAGCGACGUCAACAUGUCCAUUGAUGCUCAAAUCAACUGUUUGCGGAUCGUGUUCCUCAAUUGGUUCAUCAACUCUAUGAUGGAAUUCAUGAACAACUUCCAAACAGCGCAGCAAGCGAUCAUAGAAGCAUCAUCACAAGCCGCUGACGUUGCGCGCUCUAACGUACAAAACGCUUACCAGAACUCUACCAAAUUACUCUUAAAAGUCCGUCUAGCGGCCCCCAUUAUAGUGAUCCCGGAAAACUCCAAGAGUAGAAACGCUAUGCUAAUAGAUUUGGGUCGCAUGACUUUGAUAAAUAAGUUUGUCGACUUGCCUACGACUGUCAAUGUUGACGUUCGUAGCAGCAAAGUGACAAUCGACGAGCUGACCUUAGAUCUGGAAGAUAUGAAAGUGUCAUGUGUUCGGCUCUUAGACGAAGAGGCGGUCGGUAACGAGAGGAAACUGCUCAGACCCACCAGUUUCAAGUUGCUAGUCAAACGUAGUUUAUCCUCGUGGUACGAAUCAUUGCCGGAUUUGGAUAUAUCGGGCCGGAUGAAGACUAUUGCUAUCACAGUUGGCCACAGCGACUACAAAAGCAUAAUGAAAAUCCUCAACCAAAACCUGCAAGAAGGUCAAAAGAAGGCUGAAGAAGUGAAGCCCCAGCCUGGCGUGUCUAAAAUACAAUCGCGAGUCACGGUCAAAAGUCAGACCAGUCGCAUUGCCGCUAAAUCGACCGCGGCUGUUGUCACGCCGACUAAAGAAGACAAGAAACCGAGAAUGACAAUUAAAUUUGCGUUCACUAUGGAUAGCUUCGUCAUAGACCUUAUGAAUACUGUUGGCUCGGAUGAUCAGCCCAUGUUCGUAAAAGACGUAGAACUGGCUCGGUUUUGCCUGGCCUUACUCUCAAUCAAGGGUCGCAUGUUCUCUGACAACUCUAUGCACACGUCCGUUCUGUUGGUCGAUUGCACGCUGGAUGACACGCGGCCUGGGCGGGGGGCUAAAAUUACCAGAUAUUUGGAGCGUCGUCGCGAGAAAAGAAGCUCAUCGGAAACGCCUACUGACGACACGGCCGUGAUGCAAGCGCACGACAAGAUACGGAGUAUGAUCGACAUCACGUACACAUUGAAAAACUCUGAUACCUUCAUCGAUAUGAGGAUAUUCAGCUUCAACCUGAUCCUCGCUAUGGAUUUCAUGAACAAGGUAGCUGAGUUCAUCACCACAGGCCUCGCAGAAGAGCCGAAGCACAAGUCAAAGGAGGACAUCAAAGGGGUCAAAUCGUUCCAAGAGAAGUCCAUGGCUAGUGUUAAUAAAACGAAAUCGACAAUAUCGACUCCUGCGCUGCCAGAACAACCGCCUUCCUCCGCGAUGAUGACCGUGAACAUCAAGAUAGAACAGCCCGAUAUCAUUUUAGUAGAGUCGCUUGAACAGAAGAAUUGUGAAGCACUUGUACUUAACAUGGAGGCGCGUUUCAAGCUACGCAAGACUUCCGAGCGUAUGGUGGCAGACGGCGGUAUAUCCGGGCUUCAGAUGGUGGUGCGCCCUCUCGCCGGGGCCGCCCCGCUCGGCAGCCAGCCCCGGUACCUCUUGUCCCCGGCCACGCUCUCACUGGCACUGUCACAGCCCCCGGACAGCGGCAUGCAUGUUGAUAUAGCGAUAUCUGAUAUCAAGAUCACGGUGUCGCCAGAUGUCAUAGCUCUUCUCAAUCGAGUGAUGGCAACUAUCACAAGUGGUGAAGAAAAUGAUACGGAACAAGAAAAUAAGACUAUAUUCUAUUCCAAGUUGUGGGACAUAGAGCGGUUCAAAAUCAAUGAUCACUGGUUUUUGAAAGCUGAGGAGGCAAACGAAGCCCUCACAUACAUAGACGAGGAGGUGACGGAAGUAACUCCACCGCCAUCUGGCGAGAUCUGUCUCCUGUCAAGUCCUUCCAUAGUGCUAUCGUUUGAGAUGGAAAUCGGCACUGAAACUAUACCGGUUCUAGUGAUGCAGGCUUCACUUAGUGGGCAGCUCACGGAUUGGAGUUCUAACUUCUACAUGGAAUCAACAUGGGCGAUGCAAGUGUCGUACUAUAACAUAGAGAGAGCAGUGUGGGAACCGCUGAUAGAGCCCGUCGAGGUGAUGCAGGAUUGCCAGUACAAACAUGUGCCGUGGGAGCUCAAGAUGGAGAUGGUAAUGCGCACCCAAGAAUCUCAGCUAGCAAUCGACGCGACAGACGAAGCCGUAAAUAUACAGAACGUCGCGCAACGCUUGCCCGACAAAACGAUUACUAUAUCUAGCAGUGAGCCCCUAGAAAUUACUCUUACAAGGACGGGAAUGGAGGUAUUAACUCAACUCGGAAACUCAUUCUCUGCCGCUGUUUCGGCCCCGGAGUUAGAUAACACAGCUACCUCGAAAGCAAAACUCACCGAUGAUAAAAUUAAGCAGUACCUCGGUGCGCCAUACGUGCUUCACAACUGUACGGGGCUGACCGUCAAGUUGAAGUUGCAGGAAAAUCACGACUUCUCAGUCUUCCUCACACAGGAUCUUGUGCCUGCUGACAGUUCUACGGCUACGGAAUAUAGAGAGGUCGUAUUAGAGCCCGGCGCGUGUCUACCUCUACAACUCAAACAUGGCGGCCUCAACUUGAUGAAACUCAAUGAACCUGCGCCCUCGCUCAAACUCACUGUUCAGAUUGUCGAGCUAAACGACGAAGUAGAGAUCCCCGUGGAGCGAGCGGACAAACGCUACUUCUCUUUGGGUCGCAAGCUGACGACCGCCGCUACAGACAGGAAUAUUCCUCACGUGGCCGCUAUUGAACCACGUGGGCUGAUUUCUGAUAUCGUCAUGCAAGACGCCGCCUUGCAUAUUUAUUUGAGAAGCGUGGUACAGGUUACCAACCAUUUGGCUGUGAACGUAUCGGUGUACUACAUGACGCUUAGCGGCAACGAAGUGAGGCUACUAGGAGACGUGAAGCCGGGAGGAGUGUUGCGACUGCCUCUACAAGCGGUGCACACUCCCACUGCCGAGAUCUUCUUCUCUGUUGAAGGUUUUACGGUGUCAGUGUCGCCGUUCGUAUGGCGUGAGCUUCAACAGGAGGUCAACAUCUCACACCUGUUACAAUGCGACUCGAAGGACAAGCUCAGUGGAGAGAAAUUCUAUUUGAGAGCGGUCGGAAAAAUGGAACAAGUGUUCUACGAGAACACAAACCGUCACACUUUUGCAUCAUCCUGCUAUGACAUCGUGCUGAAACCGACUGUCAAACUACAAAACUGCUUGCCACUGGAUAUCGUGGUGUCUCAGCUGGGGCUCAAGCGAACGCAAGUCUUCAAGCCAGGAGAGAUGUUCCAUUUGACGCAUCUCGCUCCUAAUAAGGCCUCUGUUGUUAUAAUGAUCCAAAACUACUUGGAUAAAUGCUGGGUAUGCACUAAAAAUCUCCCAGACGCGGAGACGGAACUGUCCGUUUGGUCUUUCGAAUCUCACGACAGCCCUUCAGUGAUGACUUUGGACCUCGGCAUGCAUAGCGUGGACACCGACGGGACGCAAGUGCUGUCGCUAUACUGCCCGUUCUGGAUGCUCAACAAAACCGGAUUCACCUUGUGUUACAGGAUAAUGAGUUCAAGUUGCUGUAACUAUUUAAGACGGCACACGUCGUGUUUGCCGAAUGUGGAUGAGACAGGCAACGUGAUAUUCCACCCGAAGGAUUACAAGGAGCCGAUACUCUUCUCGUUCCGCGCCAAGAACUUCUUUGGCAAGAAAAAGGCGGCCAUUCGAGUGGAAUUCGGCGAGUGGUCUGAAAAGUUCUCAUUAGAUGUACCUGGCAGUUCUGGGGUAGUUUUAUGUAAAAACGAAGGACGGACUUAUCAGGUGGCAGUCAACAACCAGUUGACUUUUAACAGCUUGACAAAGAUGGUGAUAUUUACUCCUUUCUUCCUCAUGACGAACGAAGCACCGUUCGACAUCCAAUAUCAAGAGUUACAUAGAUCUGGUGAUCCAUGGAUAACGGUGCCAUCGAACUCUAGCGCGCCUCUAUGGCCAAUCAUCGACAAGGAAGAUAAACUUUUGGUCAUGCGCGUCGCUUGCUCCCAAAAACAUUCCGCGCCAUUCCUGUAUACAGAACAAAACAGCGUUUGUCUCAAACUGGACAAUGAGUAUGGCGGCCUCCACGUGGAGACGCAGCUAAGCGAGGGCGGCACGUACGUGUCGGUGCGCCAGUACCGCGCCGGACACGCGCCCGCGCUGCUCGUCAACUACACGCCCUACUCGCUCAACGUGUACGAGAAGAUGAACGUCAAUGUCAAAAAGUUACCUUCGAUGCACAAAACAUUGUACACGUGGGAGAACCCCGCCGGGCCACGGAUCCUUAUCGUGGAGGCAUACAAGAACAAGGAGGUCGAAAACGAUCUGAGAAAAGACGGAAUUGGCGAGUUUUUAAUAAACGAAAACACGAAGGUGUGGUGGGUGUCGUUUCUAGACGGACUUCAACGAGUAAUACUAUUCACGGACAAUAAAUUACUUGCUUACGGCGCCCAUACAAUUGGCGAGGCGGAACUCGUCUCUAUGGAGAUCGCGCUGUCCAUACAGGGCAUGGGGCUGUCACUAGUCAACGACAACGAGCUGCUGGAGGUCGUCUAUAUCAGUAUAUCCAACUCUGGCAUAAUUUGGGAGCAAUGCAAACCCGGGGCCCGGCGAUACAAAAAGCUAGAUGCCCAGAAUGUGAUACAAUUUGAAGAGGCAUACCAAAAGUACUUGAACGAGAAGGCUGUCGCCGAACUUACACCACCAUCGAGAGUCAAGAUCGAUGAUAAAAUAGAGGUGGACUUCGAAGAGAUGAGGAUAUUGAAGCCGAACUCGCGCAUACUGCGUCGCACGCUCGAGCCGGGGCUGUGGGCGUCGUACGGCGUCACGGCGCACUCGCGACGCCUGCACGCACGUCUCCACCGUCUGCAGAUAGACCAGCAACUGCCGCUCCCCACAUUCCCCGUGGUUCUGGCGCCUGUGCCGCCGCCAAGAUCUGUGGCUAAUGAUGAUCCUUGCGGUAUAAGGCCAUUCAUAGAAGUAUCGAUAGUGGAGCUCCAUUAUUCUGAACACAGCAAAGUCCGCCAGUACAAAUAUUACAAGGUGCUCAUACAAGAGUUCCAAGUUAAAAUUGACAUGGGUCUAAUCACCGCACUCAUGGGGAUAUUCCCGCAAAGGCUACUUACUGAGGAAGAAGCGUUGGAGGCAUUCAAAGCAGAUUUCGAACGUGCAGGACAACCCUUGGAAGCUUUAGCGGCCAUCAGUGCAGCUAACGAUCAGAAGAACUUCUACGAUAACCUGCAUCUGUCGCCGCUCAAGGUACACCUUUCUUUCUCACUGGGCGGAACUUCACAAAUCCCAACGUUCGUGGGCACUGUGCUACAGAGUCUUGGAGUUACCUUGACGGAUAUGAAUGAUGUUGUUUUUAAACUGUCAUACUACGAGCGAAACUACGAAUUUCUGUCUCAAAAAGAGUUGAUGAGUCAAGUGCAAAGUCACUACACGGGACAAGCCCUCAAGCAGCUAUACGUACUAGUUUUGGGAUUAGACGUCAUAGGCAAUCCGUAUGGAUUGGUCAUCGGGCUGAAGAAAGGAGUGGAGGAUUUGUUUUACGAGCCGUUCCAGGGCGCCAUCCAGGGCCCGGGCGAGUUCGCGGAGGGGCUGCUGAUCGGCGUGCGCUCGCUGCUGGGGCACACGGUGGGCGGCGCGGCGGGGGCCGUGUCCCGCAUCACCGGCGCCAUGGGGCACGGCCUGGCCGCGCUCUCCCUCGACAAGGAAUACCAAAAAACACGUCGCGACAAUAUGAACAAACCCCCAGCGAAUCUCCAGGAAGGGCUCGCGCGGAGUGGUAAAGGGCUUGUUAUGGGCGUAGUAGACGGCGUGACAGGCGUAUUCACGAAGCCCAUAGAGGGCGCACGAGAGCAGGGCUUCGAAGGGUUCUUCAAGGGGCUCGGGCGAGGCGCCGUGGGGCUCGUGGCGCGCCCCACCGCUGGCUUUGUGGACUUUGCUUCAGGAUCAUUCGACGCCGUUAAGAGGGCUGCGGAUCUAUCUGAAGAGGUAACAAAACGCCGCGCCCCGCGGUACUUGCCCGCGGACAGCGGCAUCCGCCCUUACUCACGACUCCAUGCAGAAGGGUACAAGAUGCUUUCAGAGUUGGAGAAGGGUAAAUUUGUGGCCACCGACACGUAUGAGGCGCACGUGUGGGUGAUCCCUGCUAAGGAAGUGGUCAUGUGCACAGACAAACGAAUCCUGUAUCUGGAGAAGAACAAUGUCUUUGGCGGUUGGCAGAUUGUCUGGACUUACUUAUGGACCGAGAUCCCUGAUGUGCCAACGGCCGCCAACAGAGGCGUGUACGUGCCAACUGCGAAGAAGAAGGUGUUAGGGAUGUUCCCUAGCACUGGCUCUGGAAAGAUCAUAUUUUUGUACGACGAGCAGCAAAAGAAGUACCUGCUUGCACAGUGCGAACGUCUCAUGGCCGCCGCCACGGGCCGUUGACAUGAGACCGUAGAAAGAAUGACGCCCACCGAGUGGCUGGGAGAAUUCUUUCUACUUAUAUUCGAUUAUCGCAUCGCAUUGCUUACUUUGGCAUAUCAUUUUAACCUGCACCACUUAAGCCCUAAAGGCUACCGCUGAAUAUAUGUAUAUGUGCUGUGCUUCAAAGUGGACUAUAUACCUUAUUUAAGUACUUAUUAUUUUGAUAAAUGUGUGUGUUUGUUGUGUUUACUUUUCUUUGUGAAAAUGAAGUCCUACAAUACCUAUAUGUAUGGAAAUAAGUUUUGUUUGAAAAUAAUUAAGAUUUUGGCUGUAACGACCAUUAUUAUAUUUAAACCUGUACUCGAUUAUAAGGUUAUUAUCUAUUCUGUGUCAAACUGAGAGAAAGUUUUUACACCUAUGUUGAUAUUAUUAACUUUUACCAAUUACAGAUUCGAAUAGAUUUUAAGCGACCGACACGCUGCAAUGAAAUGUACGUCAAAAAUUCCCGUACUAAAUAAUAAUAAUACUUUUAGUUAUUGUUUCAACGGUUUCAUGUGUUUAAUAUGUAAUACUUCAUAUACAUAACAAUUUACAAUGAACAGGACCAUUACAUGUAAGUUUUUAUUUUUUUGUCACCGUUACUCCGGACAGUGAAUUUUAGUAUAUUAGACAGCAUUCAUGACUUUCAUGCGUAAGUUUUGUUGUACUUUAGUCUUCCAAAAGCUUUUCUUGACAAAAUGCUAAGU